AUGAAUCCUCACUCGUAUAUGCAGACCAAGUCGACGGAGCUGGCGGAGCAGAUCGCUGCCGCUGCGACAGCAGUGCAGAUCUCAGCCGCCUGCUCCACUGUGGAUUCCUUCCUCCGUAAGCACACCCCGGACCAGCAGCGGUGGUUCUUUUCCAUAACUUUCCCAACCCUAAUUUGUAGAAUCUUCGGCUUUGAUGAAUCCGCUUCUUCUUCAGCACUAAAGCGUAAGUCUCUCAGCGGAUGGAUUGAUAUCGCGGCGUCAGCAGAUGAUUCUGAGCUCGAUGGCAAAAUAUUCACCCUACUUUCACCAAAUGGAGUGUUGUUGUCUUCAAUUUCAGCGGUUGAUAGGCUGUCCCUUGUCAAGUAUAUAUUUCCGGCUGAACGAUUACCAGAAUGGGUUCGGUGCAUGCUUCAAAUCAAACCUGAUUGUCAGGUGUUGACUGAGUUGUGUCCCUUAUUCAAGAAUAAGGUUAUGGAAGUUUUGAUUAAGGGAUCUUCAAAUCAGGUUCAAUUGAAUGUUUUCGAAUAUUACAUGUUUUGGUUUGCUUAUUGCCCUGUUUCUAGAGGGAAUAGCGAGGGUUCUGAGACAGUGAAGAUCCAGCAGACGAAAAAGUUUAGGUUGGAGAAGUGGGCAUAUUCAAUUCCUGGUCUAUCAAGUAAUAAACGUGAAGAAGAGAAGAAAACUGAGAUUAGUUUCUAUUUAAGGCUACUCUAUUCAUAUCUUCGUUCAUUUGUGCCUGCGUAUGAUUUGAAUGUGCAUCAACCAUAUCAUAGUUCCUUACUUCAUUAUUCCACGGAUUAUGAUAUUUCUCUUAUUGAGAGAGCAGAAUUUCUGGUUAAUACGUUGAUCUAUUUUUGGUUGCUCGACAAUGAUUUUUCACCCUUUCCUGUGGGUUUGUGCAAGUCAUUUGGUCUAAGGUUCUCUUUUAAAUCUGUUUUGGGUGAGAGUCCACCUACUUCAGGACUGGGUGAUGUGGUAAAUGUUUUUGUGAAGUACCUGAAUCUGAUUUCUCUGCCAAUGAAAGAUGAGUUCAAUCAAAUUGAAAAUGUUGGGAGUCCUAGCUUCGGAGUUCCAGGUUCAGUUAAUUUUGUUAAAUCAAGGGAUGCUGCUUUGAGUAUGCACUCUGUUGGGUCUUGGAACUCGUGGAUUCAGAGGCCAUUGUAUAGAUAUAUUUUGAGAGCAUUUCUGUUUUGUCCAGUGGAAACUUCCAUCAAGAAUGCAUCUCAGAUAAGCUCAUGGGAAUGUCAACCAUCAGCUCAGCAGAGCUCUUUGGUAAUGCAUUUUAUUGGAUUUGCGCACAAGUUCCUACAUACAGAUGCAGAAGUAAUAGUUCAGAUGGUUGCGAAGGUUAUAAACAUAUUAACUUCAUCGACGGAGCUGAAGGAUCUCAUAAAGAAUGUUGACACUGUUUUUCAUUCGAAACCAGCUGAAUCAUCUAGGUCUCAUCUUAAUACCUUAAACAGAUUUGUUCCGACAAUCCGCCAACAAUUACAGGACUGGGAGGAUGGCCUAUGUGAGACUGAUGCAGAUGGAUCCUUCUUGCAUGAGAACUGGAACAAAGAUUUACGGCUUUUCAGCGAUGGAGAAGAUGGUGGACAACAAUUGCUUCAGCUGUUUUUAUUGCGAGCGGAAUCUGAGCUGCAAGCAAUCUAUAGCAACAAUGUAGCUCAGAAUCUCCAGUGUCUAGACUCCUUGAAAGCCCAAGUGGGUGUCUUGUUUGGUGGUCCUAUUACAAACUCUUCUUCAAUUGGAACACCACGUGAGUCAAAAACUACGCAGCAGCAGCAAGCACAUGAUUUAAGAUUCGAGCCUAGAAGUUGUUUUGAAACCCGUACUGGGGGUGAAAUAAAGUACAAGGGCGAUUGGAUGAAGCGACCUAUCUCCAAUGAUGAGAUUGCAUGGCUAGCGAAAUUGCUAGUCUAUCUCUCAGGAUGGCUGAAUGAGUGUCUUGGGUUAAAUCGGGUGAACUGCACCCAAGGAGGUCCUGAUUGGUCUUACGUGCAAAUCUCAGGUGGUGUGGAAAAAGUGACCAUCAAAGUGGUUUUGUGCUGGCUCCUUUCUUGGAUAACCUGGUUACGCGAGACUGGAGCGAACUUUAUGAAGGAGCAUGGUCUUAGGGUGAACCUCAGAAUGCUAGCUUCCAAGAAAGUGGUACUCAGGUUGUUGGUUAUUGCUGCUGCAUUGCUUUUGUUCAAGAAAGUUUUUGCAGUAUAG